AUGUCUGAAGCAACCGUCUAUACUGCUUCUCAUCAAGUCGUCUAUUCCUAUCUAGCUGCAACCUAUGUCUUGUUUGCGUUCAAUGAGGCCGUCGUGCUCCGUCUGACCAACGACUUGACCGUGUGGAAAGCUCUACUCUGCGGCAUCCUACUGUGCGACAGCAUCCACCUCUACGCCGGCUGGGCCGCCCUGGGAAGUGACGUCUUUUGGAAUCCGGCAUUGUGGCGCAUGGAAGAUGCUGUGAAUCUCGGGAGUCUUUGGGUGCAAGCUGCCAUUAGAGUCGCCUUUAUAUAUGAAAUCGGCUUUCCUCGUGGCCAAGGAAAAGGCAAACAGUCCUAG